UCCACAGAACUCAGAAGUGAACUUUGAAACUUUGAAAACAGAGUUUAUUGUGUGUUAAUUGAACAGUUAAACAAACUGUUCAGCAGAUAUAUGUGACAAAAAAUGAAGUGUGGCUUACCGUGGAGGAGGAUUGAAGAAUGGCAGUGAGCACUGAGACAGCAUAUGAGGGUGGUUCUCUGAUGGGACUCGUGCUGCUGGGUCGAAGACGUGCUGGUAAGAGCUCCUUGGGAGACCUCAUCCUCGGACGCAGUGAGUUUGAGCGUGGAAAGAAGACGACUCGCUGUGUGAAGAGAUUCGGCUGGGUGGACGGCGUAAGGCUUGCUUUAGUGGACACUCCGGGCUGGAGUCGCUUUGGUUUGGCUGAUGCCAGACUGGUGAAACAGGAGAUCUUGCGCAGUGUGAUGUUGACCCCUUUUGGAUGUAACCUAUUUCUCCUUGUUAUCCCAGUGGACUCUUUCAGCAAGCGGGAUGGACGCAUUAUAGAGAAAUAUCUGGGUGUUCUUGGGGACAUGGUGUGGUCACACACUUUGGUGCUCUUCACGUGGGGUGAUGAAUUAAUAGGCAGGAGUAUUGAAAAGCACAUUCAAAAGACCGGCGAAGCUUUGCAGGGGAUCCUGAGGAAGUGUGGACACAGGUACCAUGUUGUCAACAGUAAAUGUACAGAAGACUUUACUCAGGUCACAGAACUGCUUAACAUUUUAAAGCAAAUGUGUGCCAGGACUGGUUGAACAUAGAGAAUUAAAAUAUGUGUUUAUGUAAUAUAAUAUUUGAAGGUUCAUUGCUGUUCAUUCUUUCAGCUGCCUUUUACAUGAUGCUAAAAAUAUGUUGACAGCACUGU